AAACACAUCCGUGUAGAAACGCGUGCUUUUUUUCUGUCAGGUCAAAACUAAACGUCCUGUAUGUUACACUUCACACAGCGACCCUGCUGACGCUUUGAUACGCGUUUUACACUGUUUUUUCUCACAUGUUUUUAUAAGAAAACACUCCACCAUGUCCGGAGCAUUAGCACGACUGCUUUUCUACCCAACUUUAGCCUACAAUGUUGUCAUGGAGAAGGUAACUUCGCGGCGGUGGUUUGACAGAGUGGAUGAGACAGUGGUGCUUGGAGCUCUGCCGUUCAGAUCCAUGACCAGACAGCUUGUAGAAACAGAAAACAUUCGCGGGGUCAUCACCAUGAACGAGGAUUAUGAGACUAAAUUCUUCUGCAAUACCUCUGAGGAGUGGCAGGCUGCAGGCGUAGAGCAGCUGAGACUGAGCACCAUUGAUAUCACCGGUGUCCCCACUCUGGAGAACUUGCACCGUGGCGUGGAGUUUGCUCUGCAGCACAGAGAUAAGGGAUCUAGUGUGUAUAUCCACUGCAAGGCCGGACGCUCCCGCAGCGCCACCAUGGCUGCAGCCUACCUCAUACGGUUACACUGCUGGACUCCAGAGGAAGCCUGUCAGAAGCUUGCGUCAGUUCGACCCCACAUCCUGGUACGUGCCACUCAGCUGGAUAUGCUGAGGAGAUACCACCUGCAGGUGUGUGGAAUGUCCUGAUGAGUCCACGUGGCGACAGGUCGUACAUCUGUAUGUUUUCAGCAGUUGGACUCCUACUUGUGUAAAGACACAAAAUGCAGCUGUUGUGAUAUCAAUCAUUUCUCUACAUCCAAUGUACACUAAUGCACACCCAAGGUUCAUGUCUAACACUGCCCUCUCUCUUUUUUUUUUUUUUUUAAUCAAGUUUCAAGAAUUUUAUUUGCAAAUUUCACUCAAGGAAAACUAUCAAGGCUUUUUUUAACUGACCUUUCAUAAAUCCUGAAUCUUCAAAUCGACAGUGUUGACACAGAACAAUGGCUAAAACCAUUUUUCCUAAAAAUCAAUUUCCGUGAUCCUGUUUUAGCCAAAAAGUUUUUCAAAUUCCACAAGAAAACUAUAUUUUUUCAAUACAGUUCUUUUCAAGUGUAAACAAAAACACAACGAAUGACAUUCUUGUGAACUGGUUACAUUUGCAGUGAUACAACAAGAUGCAGACUUAUUUAUACACAGUUAGGUAAUUAAGCUUCUGAGUUACUGGGUAUACUAGAAAAACUUUUAUUUAAAAGGAUUAUUUUUCAUCUGGUGUCUUAUAACUUAAAGACGAUGUUAAAUAAAAUAUAUGUGACAUGAAAACAA